AUGCUUUUUAUACAGAUCUCCUACUCGGACACUCGGCCACAGCUUUCGGAGCGCAUUAAAUACCCUGACUUGCUGCGUACGGUGCCUAGUGAUUUUGAGUUCAACCCAGCAAGGUUAGCGCUGCUGCGACAUUUUGGAUGGACACGGCUUGGCAGCUUGUAUCAAGACUAUGGAGAACCAGGUCGGUUCACUCCUCCGAGGAGAAGUGAAGUGAGGCAAAGUUUGAGUACAAGAAAGGGAGCAAGACAUCAUGAUGAAGGGACGGAUGAAAGUGAUGUGGGCAAAGUGAUAAGCAUACGUGGUCAAAUAAAGGGAGAUCUCGAGGAAAACGAAGGAUAUGGUGUAAGCCUUGGGCUAAAUAGAAUAAAAACUCAUAUCAUGCCGGCAGAAAGAGAGGAUACACUUGCUGUAGGGCCAAGUGGAACCAAUGGGGGCACCGGACUAUCAGGUACUUUAGUCCCAGAUGGCCAUCAGCCCUUUUCCUCUUCGCGCCACACCAUGGCUAGCUAA